AUCGCCUCUGUAGCGCUCAAAGGCAAACACACAUGCUCACACACUCAUUGACUUUCUUUUUCUGUUUCUCCUCUCCUGUGCUUUUGGGCUGACGGCGGAGACUGACAGGCAGCUGUCAUGAGAUGCAAUUCACCGGUUAAAUGGUUAAAAAAAAAAAUCUGACUUACUUAGAUAUGCACACAUUCUGCCACACACAUGAGGAAUGAAUUGAGAGGGGAGAGCUGGCAGCAACACAGAGACAUCUCUCCUGCUGAGCUGGAUGCUCUUUGGAGGGAACCACCAUAUACUCUCGGGGGAGCAAAUGAACACUUCUCAGGGAAUGACAUCAUGACUCAAGGUGCAGGUGAGGAGGAGGACGGGCCGGGGGUGGAGUCGGGUGAAGUAGCGGUGGAGCAUGACAGCUACUGGAAGAAAAAAGAGGCCUUUCUCAGAGGGAGUAAUGUGUCACUGGGAGAGAAAUUCUCCUCAGAAAUUGUGCUGCUGUUCACUGGGCGGAGGCGCUCCAGCGAGGAUCCCGACCGCGCCCUGCAGGAGGCGCUGCGCACCCGACUCCGAGUGGUGGAGAGCAACAGCCAGGACGUCAUCCAGCUCUUCAAAGACUUGUCUGCACGUCUGGUGUCUGUCCACGCUGAGAAGGACAGCUUUGUACUCACAUUCAAGACUGUGGAGGAAAUCUGGAAGUUUUCAACUUACCUUGCAUUAGGUUACGUGGCUCGCUGCUUGGAGAACUUCCUGUGUGAUCAGUCCUUCUGGCUGGACCCAGAGCUGCUCAGCGACCUGCAGAUCAAUGUGACUGUGAACGAGGAACACCUGGCCACUCUCUACCUGGGACUGUUACUGCAGGAGGGAUCCUUCUUUGCAAAGGCGCUCUUCACAAGAAGCGAUCAGGAUGAGGACGACGAGGAGCAGCUGUCUUUCAAGAAGAAUGACUUGCUGACAGUGAGGGACACGGGGCAGGACAACAUGUGGGAGGGCACCAUGCUAUCCACAGGAAACCACGGCCUGGUGCCAGUCAACGCCAUGCAGCCGCUGCCUUACCCCUUCUAUCAGUGGUUCCUGAGGAAGUACCCGGGCAAUGCUGGAUGCUCGCCAGCAGAAAAGGAACCAUUUGAACAUUCAAUCGUGAUGGGUUCCUGUGUAGCAGUAGUUGACUACAGUCCUGUGGCCCCGGAUGAGCUUCAGCUGAGCCGAGAUGACAUCGUGGAGAUCCAGGGUCUACUAGUCCGAGGCCUGGGCGUGUUCAUAGCCACACACACCUCCACAGGUCAUACUGGUUUCGUACACAAGGCCCAUGUCAAACCUCUGGACACCAUACCCCUAGACGAACGGUUGGUAUUUCUGACAGAGGAGGAGAGGGCCAGUCUGGCUCAGGUUAACCCGUGUAGCUCUGAGCCAAGUGACAGCGGCCUGCUGGAAAGACUCUUCGCGUCCGACAUCAGCUCUGUGUACAGGCUAGACAAACUGGAUGAGACUGACUUCACUUACAUCAGGAAUCGGCCAAAACAUGAGCAUAAAGUUCCUGCAAGCGCGCGUCAGAGCGUCAUAUCAGAGAAAAGUGGAGGGACACCGCCGUACCACUCCUCUCCCCGCACCUCUGUCUCUCACUCCUCCCCACGCCUCUCCCUCUAUCAGUCCCACAAUCCUCUGCCACGCGAGGGGGAGCGCCUGUCCUUCACUCUCGACGACACAUUCAGAGAACUGGACGAGUUCCAAGAAGACCCACCUCUUUUCUUGGAGGAGAACAGCUGGGAGGGGGAGGACUCUGAGUUCAGCGACCCCACACUGACCCUGCUCAACCAUGAACAUUUCCAGGAGGAAUUCCUGCCUCUGUACGACCUGCACUAUUCCUUCCUGUGGGUGACCUUCAGCGGUAGGACUGAGGACGAGCUGUCAGGGCACCUAGAGAGUGUCAGGGAGUGUGCCAAGAGGAUGGGCCUGCACUGGGCACACCGACGGGCAUGCUUCCUCCUGGGAAGACUCUGUGCCCGGAAGCUAAAGUUUUCCCAGGCCCGUGUUUACUACGAGGAGGCUCUCAGUGUCGUCGUGGACAGUUUCUCUGACACGCCGCUCCUCGUCGCUCUCUUAACAAACCUCACCGCUGUCUACCUGAAGCAGCGUAUGACGGACAAACUGCCUCAGACUCUGGAGAAGGCCAGCGCCCUGCUCCUCUGUCUGCCCUGCCACACAUUCACCUCCACGGACGAGGUGGAGCUGCUGCAGCUGCUCCUGAGGAGAUCGGUGGUGAUGGGGGACAAACACCUGGAGGCUCGCGUCUGCUACCUCACCUCCAGCCUCUUCCUGCUCCUCAGGAAGACUGACGACGCCCUGCCCUUCGUAGAGCGACUCCAGUUUCUCUCGGUGACGCUCUCUGCCACCGAGGGGUGUCCAAUACUUCCUCUGGACCUCAACUGGCUCUUGAGCUGGCUCUAUCAUCGUAAAUACAUGCCUUACUUAGCUCUGGCCUCUCUGAGCCUGGACUCGAGACAAGACCACUCCCUCCACGACGCUUUCCAGAGGAUUGAGUUGUUCAUCAGGAACUCUGUUCGUCUGAACCCGCGCUGGAGGGAAGGAACCUCCCUGCUCCCUGCCCAGAUUGUGAUUUACCUUCAGCAGGCCCUGACGAUAGCUGAGCAAGAGGAUGACAUGAAGACGCAGAGGGACCUGUGUCAGGGCUUGGCUAUAGUCUACCAGCAGUACGAUGCUCUAAAUGACGCUGUGCGCUGCGCUCAACAAGCAGUGGAGACAGGAGGCCACAUUAAUGAGGAGGAGGGCUUCGAGGCCUCCGUGCUGCUGGGGUGGCUGCUGGUGUUAACAGGCCAGGCGGAGAGGGCUCAGAGUGUCCUACAGCCACUGCUCACAUCCCUCCAGGGUACAGACAGUCCCACGCAGCGAGGAGUGAUCCACAACCUGUUGGCUCUGUGUCUGAGGCGGCAGGAUCGCAUCCCAGAGGCAGGCUGGCAUCUCCACUCUGCUCUGGUCAUCUCCAGGGAAAGUGGAAACCAGAGGAACCAGGCCCUGGCGCUGGCCAACCUGGGCUGCCUGGCACUGGAUGUUGGGGCGUCUUUGGUGGCAGAACGCUUCCUGGUCAGAUCCCUGCGUCUUUUUAUGGAGCUGUGGGAAAGCCCUACAGAUGAGGAGCACGUUCAGACCUACCUUUGGCUGGGGAGGAGCUACAGAGACAGGAGGAAGAGUCAGGACAGCAGGGCCUGUUAUGAAAUGGGGCUACUAAUUGCACUACAUGCCAAGAACCUACACAGUCAGCUGGUGGUGGCCAAGGUGCUGAGUCGCCUGUAUGCUAACAUGCUGCUGUACGGACAGAGCAUCGUUUACUAUGAGCACUGUGUGUCAGUAUCCAGAGAGCUGAAGGACAAGAGACUGGAGGGAGAAUAUCUGGAAAUCCUCAGCAGCAUCUACCUCUCACUCAACACUGAAAAAUCGUCUCGUAAAUCUCUGGACUACACCAAGCAGAGCCUGAGGAUUUCUAUCGACCUGGGCAAGAGAGAAGAAGAGUCAGAAACAUGGCUGCAGGUGGGACGCAUCUAUUACCUCAUCCACGAGGACGAGCUCGCUGACAUGUACCUGCAGGCGGCAGUGAAGACCGCCCUGAGGAUGAACGAUCAUCACUUUGCCAUGAGCAUCUACGAGGAAGCAGGAGACGUCUACUUUAAAGGCGUCAGGAACAGAAUGGCUUCAGUGCCUUUCUUCAGGGACGGCAGUCUACCAUUCGCACGGAGCAUCAAGGACAUCCAUUCAGAGUUCCGGCUGCUGAGUAAACUGACAGAGCUGUUAAUGAACCAGGGGGAGCAGGAGGAGGCUCUGCAGUACGCAACACUGGCAGUCGAGAUCGCCAGCAAGACAGGUGUGCCUGUGAAUGAGAGGACGGCCUACCACCGGCUGGCUACAGUCUACUACAACCUGCAGCAGUAUGAGAUGUCAGAAAACUACUACCUCAAGUGCCUGUCCCUCUGCCCGCCAGUCCUGCACGACCCGAAGGAGGCUCGUUACUACACCAAGAUGUACUGCAGACUGGGCAAUCUCACUCUGCACAAACUCAAGGAUUCCUUUGACGCAGUCGGCUACUUCCAGUUGGCUCUGGCGGCGGCGCUAGAGGACAAAGCUAACCCAGAGGCUCUGUAUGUUGUGUACAUGAAGCUGGCCGAGAUCCACGGCAACCACAUGCCCGAUGCUCAGCUGUGCCAAGUUUACAGAGACAGAGCCCAGAGUCUGAAGAGAGUUCUGGCUGGAGAGGAAGGUGCUGCUGUUGGAGAGGAUGCAGACACAGAGCCUGGCCAAAAGAAAGAAGAGGAGUCUGAUGCUGUACGUACAGACAGUUCGGUGACGAGAAAUGGCAUUUAUCCACCUGAAAAUGAAAAAUGUGGAGAUAACUCACUUCCAAGGACUUGUGUAAUCCAUGGGGACGCAGAGGAUGGAUGUACAGACACUAACUUUGGAGACGCGAAUGGGAAAGAUGCAGAUGGCGUUUUUGUGGACGCCUUUGGGUUUGAGACAGAAACCAUCACCAGUCGGUCGUACAGUGAAAGCAUUCUUACCGAGUCCUUCGACACGGCCAAGGAGCAGAUGUCAGACUCCAGCAGCUCCACCGAAACUUUACAAACUCACCAGAAUCAAACAGACGACUUUGAUACUGACCACAGCAUGCCCAGUCAAAUACACACAAGACACAGAGACUCCCAAAACACAGAUUCUGAUAUUCAGGAUGAACAAAAUACCCCGACUAAAGAAACCGAACCGAUCAGAGACUGUUAGCACCGAUAAAGCCGUUAGCAUGGGCGACUACAGAGAGAGAGAUAACAGUGAGACACAUGGUCUACAGUCUCUCAGUUGCACUUUAUGUUCUUCACUGACAUUUCCUCCGCUGGUCACAGGUUUCUUGAUCAGCACAACGACUCCAACGUUCCAGCCACGUGGCACUUAUUGUAGGAAAGAUGAUGUUAAGUUUUCAGAGAUUUAGUGGCUCUAAAGCAUGUGCCUUUUGUAUAAUAUAUUAUGUGUUAUUACAGUGCAUUGUGCUCGUAAUAUAUGUUUUCUAAAUGUAUGUUUUUGUAUCUCUGGAAGAUAUGACUCAAACAUAAAGAAUGUUAUUUUGUUUG